AGGAAGUGAGGCAUGUUUUCGAUAUUCCAGCAUGUUGAUACUAACAGAGAAAGUAAUGUUUUAUUAGUUUUUUUAAACAGUAAGUCUUGUGUGCGAUGUGUUCGGGAGGAGAUUAAUCGCAGGGCAAAACGAAAUAGACUUCUUUGGGGUAGAUAAUAUCAACAGGAUCACAUGUAUCCAAUAUAUAGAUGCCUAAAUCUCCAGUCACUUCUUGUUGCUGGUCAUUUUGAUAAAAGGACACACAUCAUCAGCUGAAGGACAUUUUUUUUAGUGGGCUGUGAACCAUGCCCUUGCCAUUUGGAUUAAAAUUAAAAAGAACUCGAAGGUAUACUGUUUCGAGCAAGAGCUGCCUAGUCACACGAAUUCAGCUGCUGAACAAUGAAUUUGUGGAGUUUACACUUUCUGUGGAGAGCCCCGGACAGGAGUGUUUGGAAGCUGUGGCACAGAGACUGGAAUUGCGGGAGAUUACAUAUUUCAGUAUCUGGUAUUUAAAUAAACAGAAUCAACAAAGAUGGGUGGACUUGGAAAAACCUUUGAAAAAACAACUCGACAAGUAUGGUGUGGAGCCUACAGUUUACUUUGGAGUUGUGUUCUAUGUGCCAAGUGUGUCACAGUUUCAGCAGGAGAUCACAAGGUACCAGUAUUACCUUCAGUUGAAAAAGGAUGUCUUAGAGGGACGCAUACCCUGCACAAUGGAACAAGCCUUGCAUUUAGCUGGUUUAGCUGUUCAAGCUGAUUUUGGUGACUUUGAUCAGUAUGAAUCCCAGGACUUUCUUCAGAAAUUUGUCUUGUUUCCAAUUGACUGGAUACAGGACGAACGAAUGCUUGAAGAGACAACACAAAAAGUUGCCUUAUUGCACCAAAAAUACAAAGGUCUUCUGGCCCCAGAAGCUGAGAUGCUAUAUAUGCAAGAAGUAGAGAAAAUGGAUGGCUAUGGUCAGGAAAGUUACCAGGCAAAGGACAGCCAGGGCGCUGAUAUAUCUAUUGGUGCGUGUUUGGAUGGAAUCUUUGUGAGGCACAAAAAUGGCAGACCUCCUGUUAUAUUUGGCUGGAAUGACAUUGCCAAUAUGUCACAUAACAAGUCCUUCUUUGCACUGGAGCUGGUCAACAAGGAAGAAACCGCUCAGUUCCAGACAGAAGAUCUGGAAACUGCCAAAUACAUUUGGAGGAUGUGUGUUGCUCGGCACAAAUUCUACAGAAUUAAUAAAAGCAGCCUAGAGCCGUCUGAAUCGGCACCUGCUGAGGGCUCCCAGAAGUCUUUGCUUACUCUUUCCUUUCCUCGCUUUCCAUUGCUUUCUCGUCCUUCUCUGCCUAGCAAAGGGCAGACUCAGACUGCUGCUGUUAAUCAAGUCAGAAGAAGAUCCUCUACGAGACUGUCGCUUCCAAAACCUCAGCCAUACAUGAUGCCUCCACCUCAGCUGCAUUACAAUGGACCCUAUUCUGAACAGUACACAUCUUCACAAGAUAACCUCUAUAUUAACAAUCAGAAUGGAUAUUAUUAUCACUCUCAGACAAGCUUGGAUAGGUCUCCUCAUGAGUACAAUGGCAGGAUCAGAAACGGGAGUGUCUACAGUGCGCAUAGCACAAACUCUCUCAAUAACCCACAGCACUACAUGCAGCCAUCUCCCAUGUCCUCCAACCCGAGCAUCACCGGCAGUGAUGUGAUGAGACCAGAUUACAUCCCAUCACACCGCCACAGUGCUCUCAUCCCUCCUUCUUACCGAGCCACACCAGACUAUGAAACAGUCAUGAGACAGAAAAACAGGGGUAUGGUGCAAGCAGAUAGACAAAGCCAUUCAAUGAGGAACCUCAACAUAGGCAAUUCGUAUGCCUAUAGCCGGCCUGAUCCUUUAGUGUACAGUCAGCCAGAGAUCAGGGAGCACGCCCAGUUCAGCUCCCAUAAUGCCAACCAUUACCCGUUCCAUCUGAAUUACAGCUUCCACAGUCCGUCGCCUUAUCCUUACCCCACAGAUAGGCGGCAGGUGGUUGGCGCAGUGAGUGUGCCAGAGUUGACCAAUGUCCAGCUACAGGCUCAGGACUACCCUGCUCCGAACAUCAUGAGAACACAGGUGUACCGCCCACCUCCACCGUACCCACGCCCAGCAAAUAGCACCCCUGACCUCUCGAGGCACCUUUACGUGAGCAGCAGCAAUCCAGACCUCAUAACACGCCGGAUCCACCAUUCAGUUCAGACGUUCCAGGAGGACAGCCUGCCAGUGGCACAUUCCCUGCAAGAGGUGAGCGAGCCCCUGUUCACCACCAGGCACCCCCACAUGCAGAAGCGAAACAGCAUUGAGGUAGCUGCACUGGCACUGGGCUUUGAGAACAUGAAGGUCAAAGAGAGAACCAUGUCAGCAUCUGCUGCCGAGGCUCCUCCCAGGGUGACUGCUUCAGGCUCCCAGCUUAAAGUGUUCCUGGAGAGAACGAAGGCAGAGGAAAGUCCCAGCAGAGAAGACUUGAGUUACGGCCACAAGAAAUCUCUCUCUGAUGCAACUAUGCUGGUCCAUAGUAGUGAGGAGGAAGAGGAAACUGAAGAAGAAAACAGCAGACACACGCCGCAGUACCGAGACGCUGCUGGCGGUUCCAAGUCGCAUGUUGGCAUCCUGGGCCAAAAUCCAAAUGAUCCCCUCCCGAGCUAUCCUUAUGAAUCUGUGCCUUCUCACCCCAGUCACCAUGUCUAUAUGCCACAAACACUUAUUGGAGAUCCUGAAAACGAGAAGCUGUGUGGAGAAGGGGACCCCAUUUAUCUGGCUGUUGAAGGAAGAGUCCAGAGAAGAGGGGAAGGCAUUCUAGUGCCUUCAGUGUCUGAGUCGGACCUCAGUGUUUCUGCAAGACCGAGAGCAAGACAAGACUCUUUUAAAAAAAGGCCGGUGUCUGAUGUGCCAUCUGGAAAAAGAAACCCCCUCGAGGGUCUGCCUCCCCUGGGCGGUUUGAAAAAGGGAAGCAGAUCUGAUAUCAAGAAAAUUGGGCCAUUGAAGCUGGCAGCAUUGAAUGGAUUAACUCUUUCUAGGAUGCCCUUACACGACGAAAGCAAGGAUGAGCCUGAAAAGGCAUCAAAUGAUGAAAGGUGCAAGAUGCUUGAGGAGCGACUGGAACAGGGAAUGGUGUUUACUGAAUACGAACAGGUUCCUAAGAAGCGAGCAAAUGCAGAAUGUAGCAUUGCUUUGCAGCCAGAAAGUGCAGAGAGGAAUCGGUUCCAGGAUGUCCUGCCCUAUGAUGAUACCAGAGUGGAGCUUGUACCAACCAAAGAGAACAACACAGGCUAUAUCAAUGCAUCCCAUAUAAAAGUGAAUGUGGGUGGACAUGAGUGGAGUUACUUAGCCACACAGGGGCCCCUCCAGAACACUUGUCAGGACUUCUGGCAGAUGGUGUGGGAACAAGGAGUUGCUAUCAUAGCAAUGGUGACAGCAGAGGAGGAAAGUGGCCGGGAGAAAUGUUUCAGAUACUGGCCACGGCUUGGAUCAAGACACAACACGGUUACUUACGGGAGGUUUAAAAUCACCACUCGAUUCCGCACAGACUCUGGCUGCUACGCAACUACAGGGCUGAAGAUCAAGCAUCUGCUGACUGGACAGGAGAGAACAGUCUGGCAUCUUCAGUACACAGACUGGCCUGAUCACGGCUGUCCAGAGGAUUUCAAGGGAUUUUUAGCGUACUUGGAAGAAAUACAGUCAGUUCGACGGCAUACAAACAGCACCACGGACCCUAAAAACACUAACCUACCUGUUGUGGUACACUGCAGUGCUGGUGUGGGGAGAACUGGGGUUGUUGUUUUAUCUGAAAUCAUGAUCGCCUGUCUGGAACACAAUGAGAUGCUGGACAUCACCACUGUUCUGGACAUGUUGAGACAGCAGCGAAUGAUGAUGGUGCAGACCAUUGCACAGUAUACCUUUGUUUACAAAGUGCUUAUUCAGUUCCUGAAGAAUUCCAGACUUAUCUAAACAGGUGUUUGCUGAGCCUGAGGUCCUUCAGCUUUUGAGUUUUCCAAUUGGCAUUUUGCAUAAUUUGUAAUGUGUUUGGUCUAGAAAACGGGCAAAAUGGAGGGAAUUCCAGCAGCAAGGUACAGUGUGCUUACACACCUGUGUGUAGAACAUUGAUACUUUCUGCUGCUCAAAAUGAGAGUGCUCCUGUCCUUAGGAAUUGUUACUGAGGAAAACCAUGAAACUGUAUUUUUAAACCCUGAUGAAUGAAGGACAAAUUAGAAUUUCUACAAAAGUACAAUUCAAAUCGAUGAACCAUUUAAUGGUCUACCUUUUGACAGUAUUAUUCUUAAAUCUGGGUUUGGGUUUAACUUUCAGAAUUUACUAUCUGAAAUCAAUAUGGCUUUCCAUAUUAGCAAACCACAAUUAUACUGAAAUGCUUUUACAGUAUACAAAUAUUAGUUGCAUCCAUUAUCUUUUUUUUUUUUUUUUUUUUUUUAAACAGUUUUAAGCUUCUAUUCCAAGUGUCUUAUAUUCAUGAUGUAUUGUGAAUGAUUGCAGGUUUCAGGAAAGUGUGAAGGAUUGUGUUGAAGUUCUUGUUGGGGAAAUUGGUUUGAGCAUUAGGUCUUCAUAUGUGCUUUCAGUGUGUGUAACAUUCUGGAUUGUCAGUGAGAUUGGAGCUAUUAAACUGUAUAAAAUGGCAGUAGACUCUUGGACUGUUCAAUAUUUUU